AUGAGCUUUCAGAAACUUCCCAGUGAAAUCCUGCUUUACAUCAGCGACUUCCUGGAAUAUUCUUGGAAUAUCAGCGCUCUCUCUCAGACGAACCGCUACCUAUAUGCUACAUUGAAUCGCUAUCUCUAUCAGCACAAUGUUCGUCAUUUUGAUAGCUCACUGUUUGCGUGGGCAAUGAAAAAUGGAUCUGAGAUUGUUGUGCGAAAGAUGCUAGAUGCAGGC